AUGAUAGGCGAGUAUGAAGGAGAACCUAUAAACAAAAUGAUAGGCGAGUAUGAAGGAGAACCUAUAAACAAAAUGAUAGGCGAGUAUGAAGGAGAACCUAUAAACAAAAUGAUAGGCGAGUAUGAAGGAGAACCUAUAAACAAAAUGAUAGGCGAGUAUGAAGGAGAACCUAUAAACAAAAUGAUAGGCGAGUAUGAAGGAGAACCUAUAAAUGAAGUUAUAGGCGAGUAUGAAGGAGAACCUAUAAAAAAAAUGAUAGGCGAGUAUGAAGGAGAACCUAUAAACAAAAUGAUAGGCGAGUAUGAAGGAGAACCUAUAAACAAAAUGAUAAGCGAGUAUGAAGGAGAACCUAUAAACAAAAUGAUAGCGAGUAUGAAGGAGAACCUAUAAACAAAAUGAUAGGCGAGUAUGAAGGAGAACCUAUAAACAAAAUGAUAGGCGAGUAUGAAGGAGAACCUAUAAACAAAAUGAUAGGCGAGUAUGAAGGAGAACCUAUAAAUGAAGUUAUAGGCGAGUAUGAAGGAGAACCUAUAAACAAAAUGAUAGGUGAGUAUGAAGGAGAACCUAUAAAUGAAGUUCUAGGCGAGUAUGAAGGAGAACCUAUAAAUGAAGUUAUAGGUGAGUAUGAAGGAGAAGAGAAGGAAAAACUAUAA